GUCAAUGACCCCAUUUUGACCCCUACUCAGUCUCCAACUGAAGUUCCAACUUUGACGCCUACUCAGUCUCCAACUGAAGUUCCAACUUUGACGCCUACUCAGUCUCCAACUGAAGUUCCAACUUUGGUUCCGUCCUCAAUGCCAACCUCGAUUCCUUCUGCGGUUCCGUCUUUGUCCUCGAUGCCGACCUCGAUUCCUUCUGCUGUUCCG